GACUGAAACGGCUUUCGUGAUGGCGGCAAGGUUAUAUAAAGAGAGAAAUCUCUGAGUUGCACACCUCAACAUCUCCCUCUCUAACCACCGAAUCAGCAGCAACAUGACAGUCGACUUUGCUCUGGGCACUGGCCUCCUUUCCACCGACGCGCACCAGCUCGUGCGUGUCACUGGACUCGCUGACACACGGGCGCUCCUGGAUGCCUAUGCCCGAAACGGCGGCAACCUCAUCGAUUCAGCCAGCAUUUACCCUGCGAUCUUCAAGCAGGCUGGCAAGGCGCAAAAGAUGCUUGGCCAGGUAGACGCCGCAGCCAAGUCAGCGUACGGCUUUACCGUCGACUCCAAAGUCAACUCCUUUGUGCCUGGCAAGGGCAACCGUCCAGAACACAUCCGCGAGUGCCUCGAGGAGACGCUUAAGGAUCUCAAGGUAGACCACAUCAAUGUCCUGUAUUUUCACACAGUCGACCCCUCGACCCCUCUCAUUGACUCGAUCCGCGCCGUCGACGAGCUCUUCAAGGAAGGAAAGCUCAAGGAGCUUGGAAUCUCCAACUUCUCGCCUGCUCUCGUCAGGGAGACGUUCCAGAUUGCGCGCGAGAACAACCUAAUCAAGCCGACCGUCUACCAGGGAGAGUACAACCUGCUGAACCGCGGUGCCGAGGAGGAGCUCGUUCCCCUCAUGCACGAGAACGGCGGACGCUUCUACGGCUUCUCGCCCGUGGCCGGCGGCUUCCUCUCCGGACAGCACUCGAGAGGCCAGAGGCCGACCAUGGGACGCUGGGACACAACCAAGGAGGACAACAUGCUGGGUGACAACUACAUGAAGCGCUACUACAGCGACUCGUCUUUUGAUGCCAUCGACGCCCUACAGGCCGAGGCGGACAAGCUUGGCAUUUCCCUGCCCACCCUCGCCCUGCGCUGGCUGGCACACCACAGCGCACUUGCAGAGGCACACGGGGACCGCAUCGUCAUUGGCGCUGGCUCGCCCCAGAGUAUCCAGCGCAGCUACGAUGCCGUCCACGAGGGAAAGCUGCCCGCACACGUCGUCGGCGUCAUCGACCAGGCAUGGCAGUCUAUCAGGACUCGCGACCCUCCCACCUUCCAUCACUAGGCUUUCGACCGAGAUAGACGGGAGCAGGACCAUGCGGUCGGGGACACGUGCGGGUGUUGCGUCCGCUUAUCUCCGCUCCUAUUCAGCCUGAAGUAGCACCACCCCUUUUUAAGCUAUAAUCCCAAUAUUAGCCCUGUUUCCCGCCCCACCUUGCCUGGUGUGCGACGCAGUACCGUAGACGCUGAGUAGCCCUCCACAGCUGUCCAUCAGAUGACCAAGGGCACCGUCCUCAUCACGGGGGCCAAUGGUGG